UUUAUCUUCUUUCUCAUGGAUUUGACAGGCAGUCAACUUUUGUCUGGAAAAAAGUUAUCAUUUCAGAGGACAGUAAGUUUUAGUAGAAUAGCCACAUCAACAUUGCGUUGUUACGCCCCUUUCACCUUUUCUCACUCCGGAUCAGUCCGGCUUAAGCUCUCGGCGCGAACGCACCGGUCCCAACGUCUUGCGGUUUCCCGCCAAAAAAGAUGCCGCGGCCUAAGCAACAGACUAGAGAAGAAAGGUUGGAAAAAAGGAGGUUGUAUGAAAGAAGAAGAAAAGAGAGAAUUAAGAGCAAUGAAGUCUCACGCGAAGAGUUUUUGAGAAAAGACAGAGAAAGGUAUGCCAGAAAAAAAGCAGCGGGAUUAAUUGUUUCAAGGCAUCUAAUGACCCCUAAAAAAUUAAGAAUUCUAAGAAGAAAAAACAAAAUAAGUGCUGCUGCUUAUUACCAAAGAAAAAAAAAUAGAGCAGCUCCAGCUCCUAUAGCGGCUCGUGCUAACCCUCUGGAUGAGACAAUUGGGGAUCAAAGUGAUGGUCCUGGACUAAGCACUUCCUGUCACAGUUCCUUCUUGCCUACUUUACGGCGCAGCUUACGAUUGAACAGCAAUAGUAUUAGUACGAAUAUCCAAAUCCAACGUUCUAAUACUACAGAAGCUAGAAGCUUUCAUCGGGUAUACACAAGCAGUCCACGACAAACCCUGCUAUCAACGCAUCAAAAUUUUGUAAAUUUUGACUAUAGCAAUCCUGGUCCAAGGACUUCUCGUCAAGGGAAUCCAUCUUCGGCUCGGCGCUGCUUGCCGAUGAAUAGCGAUAGUACAAUUGGUUCCAAUAUUCAACAUCAUAUUGAUGACAAUGUAGUAACUGGCACUCAUUGUGUACAACCAAGUGGCGUACAACGAAUAACAUGUCCAUCAAAUCUAAGUAGUAUCGAGUCAACAUUAUGCCCCAACAGCCCUGUUUCAGACUCGUCAAUUACAUCUGUAGAAUUCAAGCGAGGACUUAAAGACAAAUUUCGAAAAUAUCAAAAAACUAAAACUAAGCUUACAGAAUUACAAAACAAAUUAUUACAGGUCACUAAGGAAAAAGAAAUGUUCAAAAAAAGGUGUAACAGACUACAAAGCAAUUAUAUGAUUUUGAAGAAAAGUACCCAAAAAGGAGAAAAACCAGCAGUAGAAGUCAUAAAACCUGAUAAAAAAAAAAAUCGAAUUCUCAGGAACCCUCCUGAGAAUUCGAAAUAACUUACAAAUGCAACCAUCAUAUUAAUCAGAAACUUUAAGCUUUCUAAUCGCGAUACGUUGAUUCUUU